UCCGACUCACCGCUGCAGAGAGCACGAAGUGGGAGGACGCGAAGCGAUCGGGUACGCUGCGUUUGUCUCAGAGCUUGGUGAUCUCAAAUGGCGGAGCAACUUUCUCCAGGCAAUUCGGCCGGCCAGGUGUGCACCUUCCUUUUCAAAAAGCCUGUGCGGAAAGGGGCGGCGGGCCGCCGAAAGCGGCGGCUCUGUGAUGAGGGGUUCGGGGACAGCGGCAGCAGCAGCGACGAAGGCAGCGUUGUGGUCCGACCGGAGAAGAAGCAGGCGACCCACAAUCCGAUGAUCCAGAAGACGCGUGGCAGCGGUAAACAGAAGGCGACCUACAGCGGCUUGAGUAGCGAGGACGAGAAUGAACAGGAGGGUCUCGGCGUGGUCUAUAAGUCGACCCGUUCUGCAAAACCCGUGGGGCCGGAGGACAUGGGGGCGACCGCUGUCUACGAACUGGACACUGAGAAGGAGCGCGAUGCACAGUCUAUCUUUGAACGGAGCCAGAAGAUCCAGGAAGAGCUGAGAGGCAAGGAAGAUGACAAGAUCUACCGGGGAAUCAAUAAUUACCAGAAAUACGUGAAGCCCAAGGAUACAUCCAUGGGCAAUGCCUCCUCCGGGAUGGUGAGGAAAGGCCCCAUCCGAGCUCCGGAGCAUCUACGUGCCACCGUGCGCUGGGAUUACCAGCCCGACAUCUGCAAGGACUACAAGGAGACUGGCUUCUGCGGCUUCGGGGACAGCUGCAAAUUCCUCCAUGACCGUUCAGAUUACAAGCACGGGUGGCAGAUCGAACGAGAGCUUGAGGAGGGUCGCUAUGGUGUCUAUGAGGACGAAAACUACGAAGUGGGAAGCGAUGAUGAGGAAAUACCAUUCAAGUGUUUCAUCUGUCGCCAGACCUUCCAAAACCCUGUUGUCACCAAGUGUAGGCAUUAUUUCUGCGAGAGCUGUGCGCUGCAGCAUUUCCGCACCACCUCUCGCUGCUAUGUCUGUGACCAGCAGACCAAUGGCGUCUUCAAUCCAGCGAAAGAAUUGAUGGUUAAACUGGGAAAGCAUCGAACGGAAGCAGAGGGAGGUGCUUCUGAUUUCCUAGGAGACCCCGAGGAGAGUCCGGUUACCAUUAUUUAGAUUUUUCCAUAAUUCCCAGUCUCAAAAGUAAACAUUUUGUUGUUUCUUAAAAUCUUUGGAAUCUUUUCUUUUUUUCUUUUAAAAGGGAAGUGGAGUGGCAGAGAAGGCAGGUGAUGGAGUAGGGGCCUGGAUGAAAAGCUUUAAGAUAGGUAUUAUCUGUAUUUUUAAGCCCUGAAAUAAAUACUUCCCUGGUGAUAUUUUCAGAGCCCUGUGUCACAAGUUGUGUAGAUGGGAGAAGUUCACGAAAAAAGCUAAGUCAAGAACUGGACCUAUUAUGUCACAUUUCUAUAUUACUUAAUAGAUUAGAAUUUACUUUGAUUCAUUAUGUUUUUGGAGCAAGUGCUGUUUUAGGAUGCACAUUUGGAGGGUUUGAGUUGGUCCUUGGUCUCUGAGAGUGUUUCUUGCAGUCUUUGGAAGAUGGCCCAUGCUUUCUUUGAAGCACCUGUAGGUACCCCGCAUUUCCACAAAUGGUGGAAUAUGGUAGAUACUGUCCAAUAUGAUAGAUACUAGCCUUGUGUGACUGUCAAGUGCUUGAAAUGUGCAGAUGACCACUGAACUGGAUGCUGGACUUAACUGAAUUUAUGAACUUGGAGCUGGUCAAAAGCCUAAUGUUUUAUAAUCCAUUGUCUGAAACUCUCAGUGUUCUCAUAGACUCCAAUAGAACUAAUCACACCCUGUUAAAAUUAGAGUAUUUGUAUUCCAAAUUGCUUGGGAACUAGCUUAGUGCUUGGUAUAUAGUAAGAGAAUUAAUGAGAGAGUUUUAAGAAAGGGAAUUUAGAUUAAAGCUUUGAGUCUACACCAA